AUGUUUCUUAAAAGCUCCACUCGCCUGGGCUUGUUGCUAUCGAUCUUCGGCUUGGCAUGUUCAGAAAACGCUGCAUUUGUGUUGGAUUUCAUUCAGAUGGACAGUGCCUUGUUGGCGAGCCUUUGUUGUUUGGACUUUUCACUGCUGGUCUUUGGCUUGUCGCAGCUAGGUCCGUCGCCUUUAGCCUUGGAUUUUCUUCAAAUGGGGUCCUUGUUUUCCCUGCGAAGCUACAUGCGCUUGGACAGCACAUUGCUGCUCUACGGAUGUUCGGUGCUAGAGCCAUUGCUGUUCGCCCUGGGCUUGACUUACCCAGCUUCGAUGAUGUUCAUCCGUUGUUUUACUCGAUUUGGUUUGGUGACUUCCGUCUUUGACACAACACGAAUGGACUUCACUUUAUUGGUCUUGGAUUUUGUGCACAUUGGGACAUUCAUGUAUGCAGGGCUGUGUUUGCUUCUUUAUGGCUUUCAACGACUGGAGUCCACAACGUUGGUCCUGGAUUCCUUACAGAUUGGAUCCGCGAUGCUGACGAGAAGUAUGCUGCACCUUGGGAGUCCCAUUUUAGUCUAUGGCUUUACGACCUUGGAAUUCACAUCGCUGAUUCUUGAUCUCGUGGGAUUAGGUUCCUUUUUAUCAUUGCAAAAAUCUUCUCAUUCGGAGAGUUUCUUGUUGAUCUAUGGAAUGGCAUGCUGUGGAUCCUUAUUGCUGGUCUCAGACUUUGUGAGCCUGGCAUUGAUCAUGUCACUGCGAGGUUUUUUCCAUUUAGACUUUUGCCCCUUGGUUUUUGGCAUUGCUUGCCUUGGAAGCAGCUUGUUCGUCUUGGAUUUCGUGAAUCCAGAAUUCACCACGUCCCUCCGGAGAUAUGUUCGCUUCGGACCUUCACUCCCUGCCUAUGGUUUGUUGCGCUUGGGUUUACCUCCCUCUCCCCUUGAUUUAAUACACACCGACUUGACACUUUCCGCGAGAAGCCUCGUGCGACUUGACUCUGUUCUGUCGGUAUAUGGCAUGCAACGUCUAGGCUUUCUGACAUCAGUGCUGGAUUUUCUGAUCUCAGACUCUAUACUUUCCUUACAAAGUCUCAUCCGAGCGGGCUUAAAAAUGUUGAUGUAUGGAGCCACUCGUCUGGGACUUUUGCCCUUAGCUUUGGACCACAUGCAUUCUGGAUCUUUGGCGUCCAUCCGGUCCUUCUGUCGCUUCGACUUCUUGUUGCCUGCAUUUGGUAUGGCCUGUCCGGGGUGCUCAAUGUUGAUCCUGGAUUGCAUGACGCUCAGCAGUUUGCUGCCACCUCGUAGCUUUGUGCACUUGGGAUUCGUGCCUCCUUUGUAUGGCGUAAGCCAACUGGGCUCCAUGUCAUUUGUCAUGGAUCUCGUGAAUCUCGAAAGCUCAUCGUUGCUCAAGACAUCCAUGCGAUUCGGUUCUCCGGCAUCCAUCUAUGGCAUCAGCAAACUGGGCUCGUUGCUGUUAGUCUUGGAUUUCCUUCAGUUGGACUUCGCUCCUUUGCCACGAAACUUUGUUCAUUUGGAGCUGCUGAUAUUCUUAUAUGGUCAUACGCGGUCAGACCUGUCCCUGCCCACCCUGGAUCCCGUGAAUCUGGACCUCACCUUACCACCCCGUGGAUUUGCGUGA